AUGGUCAAUACACCCACAUUAAAUAUCACAGACCCAUCAGACCAGACAUUGAAUGUCCCAGAAUUUCCCUCUCGAGAUGGCCCUCAACGACUUGUUGCAGCAGCUACGAAACAGCCUCGUAAUCGAGAAAAAGUCAGAUUAGAGCCUGGCCAUUCACCUUUAGAUUGGGCCAAGCUGACAAGCUCUGGAAAGGAUCUUCGAGGAGUUCCACAGAUUGGUAGAUACACAUUAGAACAAAUUAGAGAGCAUAGAACACCUGAGGAUGCUUGGACAGCUAUCCAAGGGAAAGUGUACAAUUUGACACCCUAUCUCAAGUUCCAUCCAGGCGGAGUGAAGGAUUUGAUGCGUUGCGCAGGGAGAGAUGGUACAAAGCUAUUCAUGCUGACUCAUUCUUGGGUGAAUAUUGAUUAUUUAAUGGAUAAAUGCUUGGUUGGAUUCUUGGUACCUUCGAAUUAG